UCGUUUGACGGUCCUCACACCUCUUGGGGGCAGCACCGAGCUACGCCUACAGGCCGCUGCAGUGCAGAAGAAGCGGCAGGUGGAUGCUUUGCUGCGGGUCAAACUGAACAGGACAGUCGUUCCUCCACCGGACCGCUCUACGCCCAUUUUGAUGCCCGCCUCUGACGUCCGUUAGCCGGAUCUCAGCCACGGUCCUCCUGGCCUCUGUCCUCCGACCCUCUGAUGGCUUCCAGGCGGCCGGACAGCUUCGACGGGCUCGGCUACCGGGGCCGUGACGACCCGCUGUACGGAGCCAGUUACCCGGCUCGGAGCGCCGGCGCUCCCGCAGAGCUGCACCACCACCACUGGGUCACCACGCCGCCGGACAUCCCCGGCAGCCGCAACCUGCACCCCGGAGAGCGGACGCCGUUGCACGACGAGCCUCUGGGAGAGCCCGGAGGUCUCGGAGCCGUGUCCGGCUGGGACGCCCCGCAGCCCGGACUCCCGCCUACUGAGCAGCUCAACCGAUUCGCUGGCUUUGGAAUCGGACUGGUGAGUCUGUUCACGGAGAACGUUCUCUCCCAUCCCUGCAUCGUGUUCCGCAGACAGUGUCAGGUGAACUACCACGCCCGCUGCUACCACCUGACUCCGUUCAGCGCCGUGGCCGUCAUGUACUCCAUCAGCAAGGCUCAGGGAGUGAAGGCUCUAUGGAAGGGGUUGGGCAGCACCUUCAUCGUUCACGGCAUCACUCUGGGAGCUGAAGGCAUCAUUAGCGAGUUCACGCCGUUACCACGUGAACUUCCUCAUCGGUGGAGCUGGAAGCAGCUCGCUGGACAUUUACUGCUCAAAGGGUUGACGGCGGUGGUCGCUCUUCCAUUUUAUUGUGCCAGCCUCAUAGAGACAGUCCAGAGUGAGAUCGUUAGGGACGAGUCGUCGUCGGGGUUGCUGGAUUGUGUCCGUGAGGGCGUGGCUCGUCUCCUGGGGUUCGGCGCUCCUCACAGCCGCCGCCUGCUUCCUCUGGGUUUCCUGCUGCUUCCCGCCGCGCUGCACGCCGUGCUGCGCUACGCCAUCGCCGCCUCCGUCCAACGGGCGGCGCUGUGGCUGCAUCAGAGGGGCAGGAAGCAGCGGGCCGACCCGUCCAACCCGCUGGACGCCUACUUCCCUGAGCUGGCGGCGGCGUGGGCGGGGUCUCUGGUGGCCGACGUGGCGGUGUUUCCAAUGGAGACGGCGCUGCACCGCCUCGGCCUGCAGGGGACGCGCACCAUCAUUGACGCCACAGACGGCGCCGUGGCCGCGGCCAACGGCGGCAGCCCGCUGGUCCUGCCUGUCAACACGCAGUACGACGGCUUCUCCGACUGCCUGCACGCCAUCCGCCGCAAAGAGGGCCGAGCCGGCUUCUACCGCGGCUUCGGGGCGCUGGCGGCGCAGUACGCGCUGCACGGGGCGCUGCUGGCCGCCGCCAGGACGCUGCUCAGGCUGCUGUUGCUGGACACCAAGACCUAGAGGCGUUACCAUGGAGACGUUUCACCAUUUAACGAGAAGAUACGAAAUAAACAGAGGAUUUACUGUCGUCUGAUUGGAUAAGAACCUGUUGGUUGGGAAGUGAUGGUGUGGCCGUUUCCAUGGAAACCAGUUUAUUAUACAGACUUUUUGCAGAUCACACAAGCACCUAGCAACAGCACGUCACCUAGCAACCACUGAACAGCACCACAGGGAUUAGCCUAGCUUAGCAUCAUUUGUUGCCAUGGAAACCUGACAUCAUGUCCUCUACCAGCACGAACCUGGAAUCACCCUUUUACUGACAGCUGAUUGGUCGGUGUAAACAAACACAUUAUCCCCAGAAAAUGUCCCAGCAAUGAAUUUGAAGUGUCUUUGUAUAAAUCAGCAGCUCUCUGUAUUAAAGUCUGUGUAUUAAACUGUAGAUUUAGAUUAAAUUAUUUGUGAUUUAUGAAAAUCAAUAAAAUCAUCUGAAGAAUUGUGAACGUCUGAAAAUAAAUAAAAGUGACAAAAUGUGUUAUUCUUGUUCCGUCUGCUUUCAGGUGAAUCCUUCUGUUUCUUCUGUAAAUAAGUUUUCUUGUUGAAUAAACAGUUUUUGUGCGACGACAGAA